AUGAGUUCUAGCACUGACACCACCUCAAACACGGAAUUCUAUGGUCCCGGAAUUUCGGAAACGGAUCCUUCCGUUAGUCAGGGGACCAACGAUGACGAACCCAGCCUGCCUGUGGAAACCGAAUUGGCGACGGCCAUUACGGCACCGUUGCCAGUGGGAGGAAUUGCAUGCCCAGUGUGCGCAAGGAAUAAUAAUCAUAUUCUGUUUCUAGACAUCACACUCCUCUCAAAACACAUAAGCCAACAUCAUCCGCAGUCGGACACGAAAUGGGCAUGUAGAAAAUGUGGCAAACUAUGGGAAAGACUACACCCCUGGAGAUGUUACUUCGCCAAAUGCAAGGGGAAACCAGCGGAGAGACAAGACGGCCAUAAAUGUGAUUCCUGUGGGAUGUUCUUUGCAACGACGGUAGGAAGAUCGAUGUAUGAGCGGCAUAUGCACCCAGAAAUAAGGAACACCAAACGAAGAAUGGCAGCGGGGGCACCACGCCUCCCAGCGGGUAGAAGCACGACAGUAUGGUCUGACCAGGAAAUCGUGCAGCUAAAGGAACUCGAGACUCUAUAUUCUGACUCAAGAUUCAUUAACAUUGAGAUUCAGAAGCACAUGACAAAGAAGACGACGAAGCAAAUCAGGGAUAAAAGAAGGGGUCUAAGACUACUGGAAGGCAGAAACAAUGUUGCUGCCGGGAGUACAACCGUCGAAACUCUCCCUACCCACGAAAUACCCGUAGAAGAACCGGAUAGAGGAACACAAGAAGAAGAAAAUAUUAAUAACGGAAACGACGCAGUGUCUCUCGUGGAAGACACACCGGUACCACAGGGGAAUGAACUCCUCGCUAUAGGCAACACCUGCAACUUACCGGACGAGGCGCCAAACAAUGAAACAGGUGAAGCCAGAAAUAACACAAACGAAGGGACCAACGAAGCGAGCAGUGAAGAAAGGUCACAAUGGAAGGACAUAUUGUCCAACUGCAUCAUGGAGUCACUUUCCGGUCCCGAACUAUACAAGAAGCUGCAACUGAAGCUUGUCGGAAUUUGGAAGGACUCACGUAAGGACAGCUGCUCUUUAGGGCAAAGACUGGAUGCCUUCAUUGCCACCGACCUUGUCCCAACGCUACGGUGUGGGGCUAAGGACGGAGAAGAGAGAGACAACCAGGCAGCCCCAUCGAGCAACCGGCCAACCACUAGCCGACGAAGGGGUACUCGGAAGAAGAACAACCGAAAUAAUCGGAAAAGAAGAGAGUAUCAAAGAGCCCAAGACCUGUACGAACAUUGCCCCAAGAGAUUGGUAGAAGUCGUUAUGAACGGAGAUCAAACGGCCUUAGGAGGAAGACUUGAACCGCCCAAGAAAGAAGACAUAAUAAAAUUAUAUAAUGAAUUAUGGGGCAUCGAGGGUCCGGCUGCUUCUGAAUGUUCCAGAUGCGGCAGGAUUGAAACAGCGAGAUCAUUCAACACUAGUGACGUGUUCACCCCAGUAACAACGGAGGAAAUAUUGGCUAAGAUGAAGAAGAUCAGAGGGAAUACCGCCACAGGACAGGAUGGUAUCAGGAAAAGAGACCUCGCUAGGCAAGGAGUGAGCGCGCUGCUGGCAACCCUGUUUAACAUUCUGUUACGCGAAGGCCACUUUCCAGCACCAUGGCUUACAAACAGGACGACGCUCAUUCCCAAACUGGGAAAGGAUGAAGCCGACGCUAAGAACUGGCGUCCAAUAACCAUCAGUUCAUUAUUAAAUAGAAUAUAUUGCUCAUUGAUAGACAAGCGACUGAGAGCUGUGAUAAGACAGACUGUCCGGCAAAAGGGCUUCACCAUGGAUAACGGCUGCAAGGCAAACACUGCACUCUUCAAACAUGCAGUUACGGCAAUGAAAGCGGGAACGGGAGGAGUAGCUACAAUCGUAGACAUCUCAAAGGCGUUCGAUACCGUUCCGCACUCUGCCAUCAAGACUAGUUUAUUAACAAAAGGACUACCGAACCAA